UUUUUUUUUUUAACGGCCCUCAAGAAUAAGUUGAUCAGUCGUACUUGUUGCACCAGCAGUCAAACUGCUCGGACCAGCCCCGUUUUAACUAACACCUCCAUGAAUUCGAAAACUGAAACCAUCAAAUCAUCCCAGCAAACAACUUUAUCUUCCACUAAAAUUCCAGCAAACAUUUAUCUCUUACAGAAGGAAUGAACUUCAAAAUCUUUUCAGUUUUUAUUCACUUUACAAAUGGGCCCUCAAGUUCUUGGUUCAAUUCUGCAUCAAUGCUCCAAAACAAGAUCUUUCCAACAUGGGUUUUCCCUCCAUGCCGUUGCAAUCAAAAUGGGUUUUAUAUCCAACCUUAUUAUAUCAAAUCAUGUUCUCAACAUGUACGCAAAAUGUGGGAAAAUCGACUUUGCACGCCAGUUGUUCGAUGAAAUGUCUGAAAGAAACGUUGUAAGUUGGUCUGCUAUGAUUUCGGGUUAUGAUCAAGCUGGGAGAGCAUUAAACGCGGUUCAACUGUUUUCUCGAAUGAAAGUCGAGCAGGCGAAUGAGUUUGUGUUCGCUAGUGCUGUUAGCGCGUGUGCUAGCCUGCUGGCGGUUGAUGUAGGCAAACGGAUUCAUUCGCAGUCUGUGGUUCUAGGGUAUGCGGAUGUCUCGUUUGUGUCUAACUCGCUUGUUUCAAUGUACAUGAAGUGUGGGCGGUGUGGUGAUGCGUUGUCGGUGUUUAUGAGCAGUUCUGAACGAAAUACUGUUGCGUAUAACGCGAUAAUUACAGGGUUGGUUGAAAACGAGCAAGUUCAGAAAGCGUAUGAGAUGUUUCAAUUUAUGUGUCAGCAGGGUCUUGUUCCAAAUCGAUUUAGUUUAGUGGCACUUUUAGGAAAUUGUAGUAAUCCGAAUGAUUUUCGGGUCGGGAUGGAACUACAUUGUCUAGCCGUCAAACUCAAUCUUGAUUCGAUAGCAUUUGUUGGAAAUGUGCUAAUUACAAUGUACUCGAAGUUUAACUUGAUCGAAGACGCUGAGAAGAUUUUCUGGUCGAUCGAGGAAAAAGAUAUGAUUUCGUGGAACACAUUCAUUGCUGUGUGUUGUCAUGCUCUUGAUCAUGCCAAAGGUUUAAGUGUCUUCAGUGAGAUGAUAAAAACACAUAGUUUAACUCCUGAUGACUUCACAUACACGAGUGCACUAUCUGCGUGUUCGGGCCUUGCUUCAUCGAUUUCCGGGAGACAAAUUCAUGGGAAUUUGAUCAGAACUAGGUUAAGCUAUGAUACGGGCGUUGCUAAUGCACUUGUGAACAUGUACGCAAAAUGCGGUUCGAUAAAACACGCGGUUACUACUUUUAACCAAAUGGGGUUUCGUAAUCUUGUUUCGUGGAACACCCUCAUGGCUGGAUUUGCAAAUCAUGGAUACGGGAAACACGCGAUUGAAUUAUUUGAUCGUAUGAAGAAACUAAAAACGAAACCUGAUUCCGUCACGUUUAUCGCGCUUUUAGCAGCUUUGAAUCACACGGGAUUAGUAGAAGAGGGUAAGUCUUACUUCAAUGCAAUGCAAGAAACUUAUGGCAUUGCUCCGAAUGUUGACCAUGUAUCUUGCAUAGUUGACUUACUAGGCCGAGCCCGAAGGGUAAAAGAGGCUGAAGAGUAUAUGGAAAGAUAUUCUUUCGAACAUGAUCUGGUUGUUCUUGGGUGUUUACUGUCUGCUUGUCGGGUGCAUGGUGAUCUUAUUGUAGGCAAGCGCACAGCUGAACGGUUGUUGAAGAUUCAGAAAGUUUCUACUUCACCUUACGUGUUGUUAUCGAAUCUUUAUGCUUCGGAGAGCAUGUGGGAUGGUGUGGCAGAGGCGAGAAAACAGUUGAAAGAUAGUUUAAUGAAGAAGGAACCGGGCCAUAGUUUGAUUGAAGUUAAAGGGAACGUCGAGAAAUUUACUGUUGGCAGAAUUUCUCAUCCUCGAAUCGAAGAGAUCGUGGGCGUGCUUCAAAUUUUGAGUUUUGCAGAAGACGGGUUUUCGUGGUGUGACUAAUGUUUUUGUGAUACGAAGGCAGCUUUAACCUAUGUUUAGAUUAUGUGACACAUUCACUUAUGGACAGGUUUUGUUCAUAUCAAAUGGGUCAAAUUAUGCAUUUUAGCUUAAACUGAUCAAAUGGGUCUCUAACAAGAGUCGACCAAUGUCUGUACCAAACGACCAAAAUCCGACUUGAUAUAUCAAAUACUCGAGAACAAUUCUACCAAUGCCAAGUUUUUAUUCUAACAAUUCAAUAUAUUAUUUAUCAUAAUUUUUCAA